ACUAGCAAGUGUGUUUUGCAUUUCAACUUUUUAAUGAAAAAUUAUAACGGUGUUGUCUAUUUAUAAUAAAAUAAAUAAUGCACUACUCAUAUAGUCAUAUUCAUCCUCACUACCAUCUCCAUUCCCCCCAUUUCAUUUCUUUCUCAUCUCUCUCCAAUGGCGGCCAUUUCCUUUAACAUCAGUGGCGGAAAGAUUGGAACUUUAUGUCCAAAACCUAAAUAUGGUUGUGGGUUUUUGAGUAGAUGGGAUUUUGGAGCUCAUACAGCUGUAUCUACAAAACCCAUGUCAAAAAUUUUAAGCUUGAAAGCAGUUGAAGUUUCUACCCAUGCUACAGAAAAUGCAGUUUCUGUUUCAUCUACUUCUAGAGUGAUGCGUCACACAAUUUCUGUCUUUGUCGGGGAUGAAAGUGGGAUAAUCAAUAGGAUUGCAGGUGUUAUUUCAAGAAGAGGAUACAAUAUCGAGUCUCUGGCUGUUGGUUUAAACAAGGAUAAGGCUCUUUUUACUAUAGUAGUGUGUGGGACUGACAAGGUGUUACGCCAAGUCGUGGAACAGCUUAACAAGCUUGUUAGUGUCUUGAAGGUUGAAGAUCUAUCGAGAGAGCCGCAAGUGGAACGUGAACUGAUGCUUUUAAAGCUUAAUUCUGAUGCAAAUUCCCAUGCAGAGCUAAUGUGGCUAGUGGACAUCUUCAGGGCAAAAAUUGUGGAUAUCUCAGAAAGCUUGGUCACUGUUGAGGUGACUGGAGAUCCUGGAAAGUUGGCUGCUGUCCUAAGAAAUUUUAGCAAGUUUGGAAUCAAAGAACUUGCAAGGACCGGAAAGAUUGCUCUAAGGCGAGAAAAGAUGGGUCAGACAGCUCCUUUUUGGAGAUUCUCUGCUGCUUCUUAUCCAGAUCUUGAAGAAAAGGCUGUUGAUGCUCUUGCCAGGCCUACGAAACGGAGCAUCAAUGGUGAUUCUGGCUCAUCUUCAAGUGGUGAUGUUUAUCCGGUGGAACCUUAUGAUGUCUCGAUGGUAAAUCAAGUACUUGAUGCUCACUGGGGCGUACUUUAUGACGGUGAUUCGAGUGGUCUCCGGUCACAUACUCUGUCCAUGCUGGUAAAUAAUGCUCCCGGAGUUCUUAACACUGUUACAGGAGUAAUUGCUCGUAGGGGUUAUAACAUUCAGAGUCUUGCUGUGGGCCCUGCCGAAAAGGAGGGUCUUUCUCGUAUCACAACUGUCAUUCCUGGAAAUGACGAGUCGAUUGGAAAAUUGGUUCAGCAAUUUAACAAGUUAGUAGACCUUCAUGAGAUUCAGGACCUUACGCACCAGCCAUUUUCAGAGCGAGAGCUUAUGUUGAUCAAAAUAGCUGCAAAUACUACAGCUAGGAGAGAUGUCCUUGAUAUUGCUAAUAUUUUCCGUGCAAAAGCUGUGGAUGUUUCGGAUCACACGAUAACAUUACAGCUUACGGGUGAUUUAAACAAAAUGGUUGCGCUACAAAGAUUAUUGGAGCCUUAUGGCAUUUGUGAGGUGGCACGGACAGGAAGAGUAGCACUGAGUAGAGAGUCUGGGGUCGAUUCUACAUCUUUACGUGGAUACGCUCUUCCAUUGUACGAAUAAAAAAUCUCCGGCUAUGUCUUUCCGUCAUUAUUGUGUCCAAUUUCCUUCAGCACGUCUGCGCUACAUUUACAUAGCGAUCCAUCACCCGUCAACCAGAGUGAAGGAAAACAGUAAUUCUGAUCUUUGCUUUGAACAUGCUAUUUCGUAUAAUAGGAAUAAUUUUGUAAUGGUUAUAUUUGCUCAACACCCAGUAGUAAUAUUAUUACCUCGAGUUCGAAUAUC